UUGUCCCGGAAAGAAAUAAACGCCCGGGCUUUUAUUUGAACAUUUACGGUAUAUUCUUUUAUGCAGGAUAGUGAUGAUACCUCUUCAGUUAAUGUGACUUGUAUUGUUAGCAAAUUAUUUAAUAAUGAAGAAGGAUAUGAGAUCCUAGUUAAACUUGCAGAACCUGGCUAUUAUCACUGCAGUGUUAAGCAUAUGGACAAGACACUAAAAACUAUUAAUGCUAUUGUUUUAACUGAUAAAGAUACUAAGAGGAUGGAGAAAAAUCGUAAAGUACUAGUAUUUCAGAUAGGCUAUCAUUGUAAAAAGAUCAAAGACAAAAAAAAGAAAGAUGCACGAUGUUUUAUAUCACCAACAAUGCUUCAAGUCCGCCGUUAUAACUUUUUUGGAAUAACUAUUAAGAAGUAUACUUUUAAAGUCUGUCGUAGUACACAGUUCAUUAUGGAUUCUUCUCCAGAAAUUUUUACUAUUGAUGAUGGUAUUAUACCUCCACUAAAACUCACUUCUCCUGACAGAGAAUUAAUUGCUGCUGUUUAUCACUAUUUUAUGGAGAAAAAAUUUGAUGAAUGUGGAUUUUCAUUUCAAGAUAAAAGGGCAUAUUUUCAGAGCAAACUGACAACAAACAACAAUAAUGAUAGAUCACGUAUUGACAUAAAUGUUGCUAGAUCUCAAGUUGUGGAAAGUGCCAUGGAGGCUACUAAGAAUUUUUCAAAAAAUGAUUGGGGAAAAAAUUUUUUUGUUAAAUUUGAUGAAGAAGAAGGUAUUGAUUGCAAUGGUGUAUCAAGAGAAUUUAUUAAUUGUUUAUGUGACGCCAUAUUCAGUGGAAGGAGACCGGAUGGACUCUUUAGAGCUUUCAAAGAAGAUGACAUGCAAUCCUUAGUACAUCCCACCACUGAUAAAGAAAGGAAUGGGCUAUAUGAUUUACGUUAUUAUCAUUUUGCUGGGUUAAUUGUUGGCAAGUGUCUAUAUGAGACUGCAAUGGGUAAUACACUACUGGUGAGGGCAAAAUUUACACGAUCCUUUCUUGCUCAAAUCAUUGGUUUGAGAUUAACUUGGAAAUACUUUGAAACUGAUGAUCCACACAAUGGUAAAGUGAGAUACAUCAAAGAAUGUAGCAUAUCUGAUCUUGGCAUGGAUCUUACAUUUACAGAAGAAGAGUAUGAUGGUAGUUCAAAAAAUCCUAGGUUAGUAGAAUUGGUGCCUAAUGGUACUAAAAAGCCUGUAACUGAAUCAAACAAAAUGUAUUAUCUUAAUAAAUUGGCACAAUACAGGCUGUGCAGUCGUGUUUCGAAAGAAAUAGAUGAGUUUAUGAAAGGACUGAACUUUAUAGUACCAGCUGAACUUUUUGGCAUUUUUGAUGAGAAUGAGCUUGAGCUUUUAAUGUGUGGUCUUCAAGAAUUGAGUGUACAAGACCUUCGUUCAAAUGCUGUAGUCAGAGGUGUCAGUGGACAGACUAUUGAGUGGUUCUGGACAUCAGUAAAUCAGUUAUCUCAGGAGGAAUUAGCCAGACUUGUACAGUUUGUAACAGGGAGCUCUCAAGUUCCUAUUGGAGGAUUUGCUGAGCUACAACCAAAUUUUACCAUUUUAUGUAGUGGAGAGUCAGGAAAUCGAUUACCUUAUGCCCAUACAUGUUUCAAUCAUUUGUGUCUUCCUGAAUGCGAAAGUUAUGAGCAGUUCAAUAAUGUUCUGAUGACUGCCAUUAGAGAAGGGGCUGAGGGUCUAUUAAUGGCAUAACUUUUUAAUUAUAGUACUAUUUUUGUAUUGAAUUUUUUAUAUAGUUUGUAAAAGUGGUGAUGUCAUAAAA